GGCCUAUAAAUGCAAUUCGAAACAAUUUGUCUUCAACACAUACCCAAACCCUCGUCCAUAAAUACAGCUUUCGACUCCUUUCGCAAACCCUCUCUCGCUCUCUCACCGCAGCGUCUCUCUCGUUCGUAGUCUCUCUCUCUCUCCUCUCUAUCGCAAAAACCCUUUGUUGGAGAGAUCCGAGAGAUUUUUCUGCAAACAUGUUGGUGUACCAGGACCUUCUCAGUGGUGACGAGCUUCUCUCUGACUCCUUUCCCUACAAGGAGAUUGAGAAUGGUGUUCUUUGGGAGGUUGAAGGAAAGUGGGUUGUUCAAGGUGCCGUUGAUGUAGAUAUUGGUGCAAACCCAUCUGCUGAGGGUGCUGAUGCCGAUGAGGGUGUUGAUGACCAGACUGUUAAGGUUGUGGACAUCGUUGACACAUUCAGGCUUCAGGAACAACCUCCUUUUGACAAGAAGCAGUUUGUGACAUGGAUCAAGAGGUACAUUAAACUUUUGACCCCCAAGUUGGAAGGAGAGAAACAAGAGGAAUUUAAGAAGGGCAUUGAGGGUGCAACCAAGUACCUGCUCCCCAAAAUUAAAGACCUCCAGUUCUUUGUCGGUGAGAGCAUGCACGAUGAUGGAUGCUUGGUAUUCGCUUACUACAAGGAUGGAUGUGCCGACCCAACUUUCCUCUACUUUGCCCAUGGAUUGAAGGAGGUCAAGUGCUAAGAAACUGAGUUUUAGUGGCUUCAAAGUAGAAGCGGUUUGCCACCCGCCCUAUUAGUUUCAACUAUUUGCUCGUUCGUCUAUCUUACAAAGCUUUUUUGUUCUUUUAGUCCUUCGUCUGGUUUAGUUCCAAGUGUUGUGUCAGUUACUAUUUUUUAUUUAAACUCGGGUUUAUUGAAUAUGUAUUGGUGUUUUUGGUUAAAAGAGAUGAAGAUUUAUUAGCAGAACAUCUAAUUGUCUCAUAAUUAAUGGAAAUUUAUCUUUGAAGGCA